AUGCAAAUAUAAACAGCAGCAAUAGUCAAACAAAUAGUGUCUUCUUUAUUUGCAGCUGUAGCGUCAAUGUUAUUGAAAAUAGUUUCAGACUUAGAUUUUAACUAAACCUUAUAUCUAAGAGCAUUCAUAGGAUUAAUCUUACUUGCAAGUGCUACCAUCUAUUAUAAGCUUUAAGUUUACAACUUUGAUAAGCAAACUAUGGAUAGCUUAAUUAAUAGAGGUAUCAUUGGUGGAUUUGGAGCAUUCAUUUAUUUUAAAGGAUUAAAUUUAGUACUUGUGUCUGAAUCUAUUCUUUUGAAUAGAAUGUCACCUUUAUGGACAUCAAUUAUCUAUAUAAUAGUGUUAAAAAAAGAACAAUUCAAUAGAAGAUUAUUGAUAAAUAUGACACUAUCUGGUUUAGGAAUAUUUUUAAUUGCAAAAAACAACAAUUAGACAUAAAUAACAGUAGAUUCAUAUUAUCAUUGGAUAGGCAUAAUAUUGAUAUUGGUAGCUUCCAUAACAUAAGCCAUAGUUAAUAUUUUAGUUAAAUCUGUCAACAAAUAAGUAUUUUUCAUAUGCUCCAAUUUAGGUUGAUAGUAUUGUUAUAACUUUAUAUUAAGCAUUUUUUGCUAUAAAUUUACCUGUAAUCAAUUCUCUAUUUGAUGGAACUAAGUAUUUAUAAUUAUUAUUAUAUAGUUUUAAGAUACCAUCAUUUAAUGGAACCUUUAUGAUAGCAAUUGCUUCUGUAAUAUCAUUAUUGGCUGGAAUAUUGUAAGUUUAAUCUAUGAGAGAGGGCAAAUUAAGUGUAGUUUCUAAUGUUAGUUAAAUUCAACUUUUUUUUGGAUAUCUAAUUGAUUUUUUUGUUUUUUCUGCAAAAUUCAAUUAAGAAUAGAUAAUAGGAAACAUCUUAUUAUUAUGUUCUUUAAUUCCUCUAAUUUGGAAAUGA